UGUCUAAAAAGAUCGCUUGAAGUGCACAAUCGAAAUCAGCAUGGCUUCCCAAGGUCGUCUGUCUGUCGGUCUAUACGUCUCUCAAGGUCAAUGACCUACCUGUCUAGCCUCUCAAGGUUGUUAUAGUGUGCCUGUCUAGCCUUUUAAUGUUAUCAACCCGUCUGAUUCUGUAAACUAAAACUAAUUUCAAUACUCUACGAAGUCGACUGCAGGUGGAUUUCAAGUCGUUUUGGAGUCUCCAGCGUUUUUUUGAAAAUUACUGGAGCCUCCAGUAGAUUUCUGAAAUUUGAAAUUUUCACAAUAUUUAAUCAAAUGGAGAUUGAAAGCCGAAAAUUUACUCUGUACUCCAAUUUUAGGCACUCUCUGAAGAUGACUUCAGGUUGGUUCCAGUCAUUUUGGAGCCUCCAGCGACUUUUUGAAAACUCCUGGAGUCUCCAGCAGAUCUUUGAAACUUGGAAUUUUUACAAAAUUUCACCAAAUGGAGUUGAAUAGCUGAAACUCACUCUGCACAGUACGUGCUAAAGUUGAUUCGGACAGAUUUUGUGACAUUUUUUUUAAAAAACUGAAGUUUCCAAAAAGGCACAGGAGGCUCUAAAAUGGAUUUGAACUUCCUGCAAUUCACCUCGAAAUUAUGCCAAAAAUAGGGUGUCAACUGAAUCUCAUCCUCCUACCUCAAACGUAGGCGAAAGGGUGAAUUUUUAAAAUUUUUAAGUAGGUAUGAAAUCGAUGCACAAAAAUAUGUUGCGAACUGGAAUAGGGGACCCUGUCCUAAUACGGCCCAAUUUUUUUUCCGAAACCAGAUGCUUCUAAUCUAUGCAAGCACAUUGGAUAAAAAUUUGAUGGAGGGUUACUCACACUAUCUACUACUUACCACCACAGUCUUAAGCCAUUUGGUUUCAAACUCUUGUUUUAAUCGCAAAAAUUGUAAAUAAGGUCAAAUGCGCCGUCUCAGGAAUGGGUAGGUGUUAAAAUUGGGAUGCAUAGUAAAUUCCAAGUUUCAAAAAUGUGCUGGAGACUCCAGGAAUUUUCAAAAAGUAGCUGGAGGCUCCAAAAUGACUGAAACCCACCUGAAGUCGUCAUCAAAGAGUGCCUAAAAUUGGAGUGCAGAGUAAAUUUCGACUUUCCAUCUCCAUUUGAUGAGAUUUUUCUGAGAAUUCCCAGUUUCAAAAAUCUGCUGGAGACCCCAGAAAUUUUCAAAAAGUCGCUGUAGGCUCCAAAACGACUUGAAAUCCACCGUAGCGUAUUGAAAUUAGUUUGCAGAAUAAAUUUCGGCUUUUCAACUCCAUUUGAUGAGAUUUUUCUGAGAAUUCCAAGUUUCAAAAAUCUGCUGGAGACUACAGGAAUUUUCAAAAAGUCGCUGGUGGCUCCAAAAUGACUGGAACCCAUCUGAAGUCGUCUUCAGAGAGUGCUAAAAAAUUGGAGUGCAGAGUAAAUUUCCGCUUUUCAUCUUCUUUGAUAAAACUUUGAGAAAAUUUCAGGUUUCAGAAAUCUACUGUAGGCUCCAGUAAUUGUCAAAAAGUCGCUGGAAGCUCCAAAAUGACUUGAAAUCCACCUGCAGUCGACUUCGUAGCGUAUUGAAAUUAGUUUACAGAGUGAAUUUCAGCUUUCCAACUUCAUUUGAUGAAAUUUUGUGGGAAUUACAAGUUUCAAAAAUCUUCUGGAGGAUCCAGAACUACUCUAAACGGUCUGAAACAGUUUCCAAUCGAUUUGGCAGGUCCAAAAUAGGAUAUACUGCAAAUUUCGCCUUUCUAGAUUAAUUUGUCCAUGUUUCAGAUAACCGAGCUUCAAUAUCCAAAAUUAUACCGAAAAAAUGCUUCUGAUAUUUCUGUUCACACUGUAUUUACACCUGCCUUUAACUGAACCUGUAAUACGUCGAACUUGGGCCCGGCGACUUAAUUACUCUUGCCCUACCCGACCAAUAAAUUGUCGACCUCACCUAGUCAAACCUUGCAUAUCGUUCAAAGAUGUUUUCCACGAGCAUCCUUUCACUUUGGGCACCAGUGAUUUCGUAGAACUUUUACAAAAAAAUGAAGUAUUCUUUGACAACAGCUUAUUCAUAAAAACCGUAUUGGAUACAUUUGACAGAAACCCCACCAUGUUGAUAUUAGCCCCCAACAAAUGGGGUAAAACCACAAACUUGAAGAUGUUGAAAACAUUUCUAGAAAUACCUGUGAAUGAUGUAGGCGAACGAAUUUCACCGGAAGAAAAUUCCACAAUUUAUAAACUCUUCAGAUACGGAGAAAUUAGACGAGAAGACGGCACAGUCGAUACACUUCGCAUACCUUUGAGAAUUUCCCGGUUCGAAUACUUAUUUCCGAUGUUCCAGGGUAAAUAUCCUGUAAUAUAUGUCAGUUUCAAACACGUUUCCGGUACCACAUACGCUGAAAUCGAAGGAAAAAUUCAAAAAGCCAUUAGUAAAGUGUUCUGGGAACACAAAUACAUGCUUCGUGUGCUCAACGAAAGUUUGCGAAAGCGAAAGCGAAAGCAAAAAGGAAACAUACCAAAUGCUGAGCGUAAGAUGAGCUGGUUCAAAGAAAACCUUUACUCGAAUUCUCCUUUUGAGAAAACACUGAUCGGUAGUUUGGUCUUCUUGAGCGAAAUUCUUCGAAAGCAUUUUCGUAAAAAGGUAUUCGUGCUGAUAGAUGAUUACGAUGCGUCUCUUUACAGCGCGUUGCAAACUGCCGAAUUAUCUAAAGAUGAUACGAAUAAAGUAUUACACUUGAUUGCAAAUCUGCUUGAUAGAACUUUCAAAGGCAAUGUUCACCUCAAACGAGGUAUAGCCGUAGGUAAUUCUCAGCUCACAGAGUACAAAACGAAUAGUUGGAAAAAUUACGAUCUACACAGCGUUGCCGAGAAUCCGUAUCCCAUGAUGCACUAUUUCGGUCUGACUAGGAACAACUUCCAGUUGGUUCUUGAUCACUACAACAUCACAGAGGAGCUAGCUCAGCAGGCUUUCGAAUGGUAUGGCGGUUACACUGCGUCUAACGUAGUUGGACAAAGCUUUUGCAAUCCGGCUUCGGUUAUUCGUUUCCUAAAUUCUAAAAAAAUCGCUAGUUAUUUUCACGAAACUUGUAAUUUAGAAGUGAUCAAUAAAUUACUACGAAUAAGCUCACUAUACCGCGAGGAUAUUUUUGAUUUACUCAGCCAAAAACCAGUACUGGCAGGUGAACGCUUGAUAUUGAACGAACGGACGUUAUCGGGUCUUCAAGAUAUUUUCACUCGAACCGAGACAACUCCCGAAACAUAUUACGAGGAAUAUGCCAAUACGACGAUGUUAUUCCAUGCCUAUCUCAUCGAUCAGGGAGUUCUAACCAUAGUGAGAAGCUCUGGUAGCGCUAACCUAGCAAAAAUACCCAAUAAAGAGACUGCUUUGGAAUUCUCAAAACGAAUGAUUCGGUAUAUCAGCGAAAAAUACCAUAUCAGGCAAGAGCCACUGAAAUACGCAGCGGCCGAGUUAUUAAGAUUUACCCAAAAUUCUGAAGUUGAUUCGUCUCAGCUUGAAUAUCGAUUGCGAUUAAUUUAUACGAGAAGCUUCACGAUCGCACAGUCCUUGAAGAACGAGACAUACUAUGUGGAUGAAUUCGAACGGAAGGAAUACUCGAUAUUUGCCUGUGUAAUAUUAGAAAUGCAAUGUUUAUCGAAGCUUUACCAUAAAGUUUAUUACGAUAAGCAUUUCGGCGCUGAUAUCGUUAUACGAGACAUAACUAAGAAGCAUGCUGUUAUCAUCCAAAUAAAAGACAACGAUAGUGCGGAAAAUGCUUUGAGAAAGGCUGAAAACUACGGACACAUGUUAAACAGCACCGAUACUUCAACCAUUACUUAUAUAGGUAUCAACAUCUUACCUACUGGAAAAGUACAGGUUCGAGCAAAAACGCAACGUGUUGAAUUUAUGAAAGUUGAAACACCGACGACUUGUUCUCUAACUUAUCCUGAGUUCAGAAUCACUACCAAGAAAAAGAAAAAGAAAUCCACAUUGAAAUACAAGCGUGCCACUAAAUUAAAAUCAUAG